UGCCCAAUCAGCGGUGAGGCCGCCUGCACAGAGGGCUGGGCGCGAGAAUCGGCGGGAUGGACAAAAAUUAUAACGCCACACAGAGGCAGAGACGGAGGAGAGGCUCUGCUAGAAACAUCUCUGAAUGAAAGUGAGGAGAGCCAUGUUAGUUCCUCCGUGUGAUUGCUGGCUCUUUAUACGGGUACAUCGCAUUUUAAAGGACACGAACUAAAAAAAACAUAGAGUGACGCAUUUUUUUUAUUUUUUAUUGGAGCGAUGUUAUAGCAGGUGAAUGGCGCUUUUUUUUGUUACCCUGUAAAUCUGAUGUAACUCUGCCUCCAGUUAGCUCGCUGGCUAGCAACGCUCUACCAACUGAAUGCAACAGCAUCUCACAGACGACUAACGGCGAUUUCUAUGGAUAGACAGUUAUUCAUGUGGGAUUUUAGAGCGUUGCCAAACAUAGGUUCGUCUUUGAAGAGGUUCAACCGUCCCGCCGGCUGUCAUGGACACCGUGAAAACACGCAGUAAUUCUAGCCUUGAUGAGGAUGAAGAGCUCCACUCCACCGAUCCAGAGAGUAAAGAGAAGAGCAAAGAUAAAAAGCUCCUGUGCAAAGUGAAAUGGUCCCGGGAUGAGGAUGAAAAACUGAAAAAGCUUGUUGAGCAGCAUGGAACCGAAUCCUGGAAAUUAGUAGCUACCUUUUUUCCAGGGAGGACAGAUGGUCAGUGUCAGCACCGCUGGCAGAAGGUGCUCAAUCCAGAGCUGGUAAAAGGACCCUGGACAAAAGAAGAGGAUCAAAAGGUGAUUGACCUGGUGCACAAGUACGGCCCAAAGCGCUGGUCAGUAAUUGCCAAGCACCUGCAAGGGAGGAUUGGAAAACAGUGCCGUGAGCGUUGGCACAACCACCUAAACCCGGAGGUGAAGAAGUCCUCGUGGACUCAGGAGGAGGAUCGAAUCAUCUAUGAAGCCCAUAAACGGCUCGGCAACCGCUGGGCAGAGAUUUCGAAGCUGCUUCCUGGCCGUACAGACAACUCCAUCAAGAACCACUGGAAUUCCACCAUGAGGAGGAAAGUGGAGCAUGAAGGUUACCUACAAGACAGCUGCAGGACUUUCUCCUCCUCCGGUAACGGGAAAAGACGUAACAACAGAUCCUGUCCAGAGACACAGGACAGUGUUCACAGCCCUCUGCCUGUGAAGGCUCCCGACCAGUUGGCUAGUUUUUCCUACGAUCCUCCCAGCGGACACGUCAUCGACGGCCUUCCUGAAAAUUCCAGCUUCAUAUCACCAUCCUGCCUGGAUGAUCCUGACAGAGAACAGAGAAUUAAGGAGCUUGAGCUGCUGCUUAUGUCAGCAGAGAGCGAAGUCCAGCGACAAGUGCAGUGCAGAGGUUCACGUGUAAGAACACACUCCAAUGUGGAGCCGUACCCAGCCUGGUCAGACAGUCUGUCUGAGGACUCAAUGACCACAAGCAGCAGCAGCCUGGAGGAGCAAGCAGAUAGGGGGUCCUGGAGAGGUCCGGAGAUUCUGACAGCAGCUCCUCAGCAGCUUCCAGUCUCCCCCAGCAAGUUCCUGACUGCAGAGGCUAGCGCUGUGCUCUCCAGCCUUCAGACCAUUCCAGAAUUUGCAGAGACCAUGGAGCUCCUCGAUUCACAGAACCCUGGAACAUGGAGUAAUGUGGCCGGUUUUAAUCUAUCGAACACAGCGACACUGCCCAGGCACAGCCAAACCGGCUUCACAGAUCUCUUGCAGGAGAGGACAGUUUAUGAUCCAAUAGGUUACACUGUCAACAAUCCCACUGCCAUCGCUGGCCAUGAUGGGAACUGUCCACCGUAUGGUUUGGUAGCCGCUGCCUCCCAGACACCCAUCAACAGCUCGAAAUCCGUCAAGGACUCCAGUGAGAGGAAGAAAAGGAGAGACAGGGGACAACCUCUGUGCGACAGGACUUGCUCCUUGUUCUUGGAGAAUAUCUCAAACUCUCCAAAGAAAACGCCCACUAAGUCUCAGCUGUUCUCCCCAUCAAGAUUCUGCAACAUAUCAGUGACGGAGCAUCUGAACCUGGAUGAUCCCGCCUUGACCUCAACUCCUGUGUGUGGUCAGAGAUGCCUCCUCAAUACACCUCUCCUGAAGGAAAACACACCCAAACAUCAGAAAGAAAAUGAUGGUUCCAGGACCCCUAAAUUACGUAAAAAUGCAGCAGUUCCAACCCCACGGACCCCGACCCCAUUCAAAAAAGCUUUAGCAGCCCAGGAGAAAAUGCACGGACCACUGAGGAUGGAGCCACAACCUUUGGUGUUUCUGGAAGAGGACAUUUUAGAAGUUCUGAAGCAGGAGACAGGAAGAGACAUCUUCAACAAAGCAGACUUGUGUGACCACAGAGCAUGGAAACAUAAUAUGGAUGGUCCAGCCAGAAAGGUGCGCAAGUCUCUUGUACUGGACCCUUGGGUUAAAGACAGCCUUGAUCUCCAACUCUUCCAAGAGCAGCUCAACAAUGCACAGGUUUCAGAAGAAAGUCAGAUGACAAACUCUUCACUGGUCAACCCGACCGCUGAGGAAGAGGAGGGCAGGCAGUCAACCUCUGAGAAUGACAAGUCCUUAUUAGGAGUCCACAGUCAAACCCACCACUUCUCCAGGCUUGAAAUGGAAAAAGGUUCUUCCUCACUCAACGCACCAAAAUCACCACCUGAACAGGUGAGCGAGUGGGAAGCAGUGGUUUAUGGGAAGACCGAGGAUCAGCUCAUCAUGACAGAACAGGCUCGACAGUAUCUGAACCCCUAUCUGUCGUCUGGCUCUGCCUCAAAGGCUCUCGUCCUUUAAAGCCGUCCUCCGCUCCCAAGCCUCACAAGCAGCACUACAUCUGUCCAGCAACUACAACUGUCCACUGAGUCCUGAAGGAGACAAUCCAGUGGUCCAGAUCAACACUGCCAAGAAUGUGCACACAAAACCCUGACCGCUGGUACUGUUUUUAACAUAUUUCUAGGUCACCUAGUCUUUUUCGCUCACCUACAACUUUGCCUACAUUAGGAUCUAAACAAAUAGCGUGUAUAUUACUAGCCUUGGCUGCUUCCAAGUGAUAUAUUCUUUAUAUAUAAUCUUUAAAUGCCAAGAAACACAUUUCAUAAUGUGUCUCUCUCAGCUUGUUUUGCUAACCUAGUUCAAUUUGAUAAAAACAAAAGUCACACGUACCACAUGUGUAGCUUUUUAUUGGCUUAACAUGCUUUAAAAUCACACUACAGGUUUUUAACUAGACACCCAUUGCAGAACAUAACACUCCCUUCAUUUUAAACUGAAGCAACAAAAUGCAGCUCUGUGUCUUCAUGUAGUAGCAGUCGUUUGAGACGCUAAUCCAAGACGCUGGUGUGAGGUUUCGAGGAAGAAAAUGAGCAACUUUCAGUCAGAAUUGCACUACUGGGAUGAUUUUGCUGCUGGGAAAGGAGCAGUGUGUUUCUUCCGUCUUUUUUUUUUCUUCAAAAGGGCAAACUGGACAGCACUCGCAAUGGUGUCUGUUUUACAACACAGCAUUUCCCAUUCGAGGCCACGGAGUCCGUGGAGACGUCAGUUGAAUGUAUUUCCUUGCAAUCUACAUGUGAAAGAACCUCAAACGUGGAACGGUACCUUUUAUUGUUUAUCUCUAAUUAUUUAAUUUAUUUCAGGCUCUUCUGAAGCGUAGAUGUUAAUAUAAAUAAAAUGGACACCAUGAAGUUUUCUCCGUCCUCUUUUUUUUUUUUUAGUUUGCUGAUAAAAACAGCCUAAAAAACAUUUGCUCUAAGCAUGUCACUGUUUAAAUAAAUACAAGAAAUCCCCUUUGUCAGAUGUUUCAUUGUGACGGUUGAUACUGACAGGUUUUCACAUCACAAGCAACAAACAUUUGGCUGAGAAGGAUCAGGUUUUUAGGUUGUAGAUUUUUAUUUAUUUAAUAUCAACUAAUUUAUUUAUUUCGUUGAAAAGGAAACCUUUCAGAGAAACUAUUAAAGAAUUUUAUUGUAUUUUCUCUUUAAUAACAAAAAAAACAGGACUGGGCUGCCAUUCAGUUUAAUAUCUCCAAGGCAAAACAACAUGCACUGCCCCUUAUUUUAUGCUCGUUUUAUCUCCCGAUUUUUAGAAAAUGAUCAUUUUGUAACAUUUAGAUAGUAUUUAUCCCCCUUUAAAUAGCAGGACUCCAUCUCUAAAAUCUAAUCAUAGACAAACUGCACUUUUUUAUACGUAUAAAUUUAAACUUUUGUUCAUCAUCAUGACGUAGCUCUUUGUUUGUGUGUCUGGGUUAGUUUGUAAUGAAUGCCUGAUCUUUUGUUUCUCUUGUUUGGCUGCAGAAGUUUGUAUUUUAACUACACUACUUAACAAAAAAACAAGCCUUGCAAUUAGGUAUUUUCUAGGCAAGAUGGUUGUGAGUAGAGCAGCCAGUGUCUGCUUGUAUCCUGCUGACAUUCCCUGAACCGAUCCUAACUUCCUCACUGGUUUUUUUUUUUUUUUUUUUCAUGAUCUGUAAUUGCCGUUUGUGUUUCAGGCUACGUUGUAUUUGUUCGGGAAAUGAAUUGCGGUGAAAACUACUGUUAGCAGUAAGGCUGAAACAAUUAAGCGGAUUAGUCGUUAUUAAUGGAUUAUUGAAGUAAUCUUUUAACUAAUUGAGUAAUCGAAUAAUUGUCAACUGGAGUAUACUGACUCUAAAAUGUGUCAUUUGCAGAAAGAACAGCACACUCAGAGCAGUAACAAGGCAAAAAAUUGUACAACAAAUAUCAACAUUUUGCAUUUAAGUUGAAAAACCUUUAUUGUCUGCAAAUUUGCUCUAUCCAGAACUCCUCAAGCGGCAUAGUUUUAGUUUCACCUGGUUCAAAUUCUGUGAAAAGUCUCCUAUUAAGCGGCUUUUGCUGUCCGAUUAUUAAUCGAUUAAUCUAAAAAAAUAGUUGAGAGAUUAAUCGAUUAACAAAAUAAUCGAUAGUCGCAGCCCUAGUUAGCAGUACAAGCCCAUCUUACUGUGGGUCAUUGGUUUACUGUAAUAAAGUUUAUUCCUACUGAUUUCUCUCGUGUUUUAAGUGCAGCUAGCAUAGCAAAUAUGAACUCAGUGGCAUUAAUGAACGUCUGGCUUCCAGGUGUAAAUAAAAGCAUCAAAAUCUUUGUUUUUAGCCCCAAGACCAGCGUUAAAAUCCAGCCUCACAAGCCGCCUUCGGACUUUGCAUCAUUUAAACACCAAGAUCAGCACUGGUACUGAUUGGAGAUCAACUGGCCAAGUUGUGAAGCAACCAGUAUAAAUUAGGCUAGCUAUAUAAGGCUCGGCUAUUUGCAGGGACAGACAUUUUUAGUGGCAUAAUGAUUCGGCUCCGAGUCGUUUAUUCUAGCUGUGAAAAACCAGGCUUGGUUGUUUUAUAGAACCUGUAAAGUUCUGGCUCAGUUGCAAAACACCUAAAUGAUAAUUACAGAUCAUGCAGGUAUUUUUUUUUUCUACAUUCUGCUUCGGAAGUACGAGGGUUACGGUACAAUCCGCGUUGUCUUCCAUUAAAAUGACUCCUAUACGACUUUAUAAUCUGCACUACAGCUGUAAAUCUUGUAUUCUCAGCAUUUAGUGGACCCUGCAUUGCCUGUAAUCUGGAUUAUCCUUCCUUUAAACCUCUGAGUGAGAAUAAGCAGAGAAUCUUAUCAAGGAGGAAGAUCGGGGGAGUUUGGUACAGACGGUAGACUAACAUCUAUGUAAGUGAUUUAUACUCCGAUGUGUCGAACCUGUUUAUAUUUGUGUCAUAUGUUCCCGCUGGCUGGUUUGACUUAUGUUUGUAAAUUCCAUCCAUGAAGUGCGAGUUCAUUUGUUUUUAAGUUAACAAUGCUUUGACCAUGUCAGAUUAUAGGUUUUGAGGAAAAUAACUACAUGCACAAGAUAGAAGCAGCUGCCGUAUACUACUGUAGGUAUGCAUGAGCAAUAAACGCAAGAUGCUCGGCGAAGCACAUUUAUAAAACGUGCUGUUUAAUGUAGCAGUUAAAGCCAUCACUAUGUUGCCAUAGUUAUCCUGCCAGCUCUCUUUGUAAAGAUGUACUUCAUUUCUGAAAAAUAAACGCAUCUGUUGCAUCACUUU